AUGAAAAGAGAAGAAGCAGAGGAGAUCAGAAGAUCACGUGAUGAGUCUGCUCCCAGAGGGGAAGAUAUUCCUGCUCGAUCGAACAGUGGGAGAAGCACUUCUGGGCAGGUCUCUCCCCGGGAGGUCGAGUGCAUUUUGGACUACUCGGAGAUUGCGUAUGAAGGGACUCCGUACGAAGAGCCUGAGGAGAGAGUUCGCCCGAGAGUGACUUGGGAGAGCUAUCUCAGCAAGACUGCGGGGAUGGUCGCACGGGGAGAGCUCCCAGCAGAGGCACUUCCCUGCACGCAAGAAAAGGCCCGGGAGGAGGAAAGCCCCGAGAAGAAGGCACGAGGGGAGAGCGAGGAGUUCGACCUGGACGAUGAAGAUGCAGAGAAGGAGAGAGGCAGACGAAGGGAGAGCAAAAACUCCCAGGAAGUCCCAGAAACACCCCCAGAGGAAGUUUCAGAGAAAGAGAAAGAGAAAGAGAAAGAGAAAGAGAAAGAGGAAGAGGAAGUUUUAGAGAAAGAGAAAGAGAAAGAAGAAGUUUCAGAGGAAGAAGCUCAAGUAGUUCCUUCAGUACCGAGAGAAGAAGUAAGUCAAACUGUAGAAGUACUUCCUUCAGUAAGUCACACAGUAGAAGAGUCUUCAAGAGUAGUACUUCCUUCAGUAGCAAAUCACUCAGUAAUUCCUUCAGUGACUCCUUCAGUAGUAAAUCACUCAGUAAGUCACUCAGUGACUCCUUCUGUAGUAAAUCCUUCAGUAGUACUUCCUUCUGUAGUAAAUCCUUCAGUAAGUCACUCAGCAGUACUUCCUUCUGUAAAUCACUCAGUAGUAAUUCCUUCAGUGACUCCUUCAGUAGUAAGUCACUCAGCAGAACUUCCUUCAGCGACUCCUUCUGUAAAUCACUCAGUGACUCCUUCAGCAGAACUUCCUGUGAUGUUUUCCGUGGAGGCAUCUCCUGCUCAGGAUCACUCCGUGCCUGAUGGAAUCACUCCCUCUGAUCUGUCGGGUAUACCCUUAAAGAGAAGUACUUCCUUAUAUCAAAUCGUAAAAAAGUCUCUUCAGGUUCUAUUUUUUACUCCACUCCUUAUCCUGAACCUGUAUACUAUGCUGAAAUACGGCAUAUCCAUGCACUUCCGCCUUGUAGAGUCUCUCUCCGGGGAAGUUUCUCCCUGGACUAUCCACGUGAUAAGCACUCUUCCUGCGGUACUCUCUGCUCUCGUGGGGGGAUAUACCCUCAUAAGCAUCUUCGCAGUAUCUCCUGCAGGAGACGCAGAGAAUAUUCGGAGAGAUCAGGGAAGAUUCUCCCUCUUCGACACUCUCCACUUUACAAUGGCAGUUCCCUUUUGCGUGGGUCUCUUCCUCCCCACGGCUGGACACUUCAUUCAAGAGAAGCACGUCUUUAUGGCAGGACAUGUCUUCAGUGAAGUUCUCUGCAUGGCGUACACUGUAACUGUAGCUAAAAGUGCGUAUAGAAGACUCAACUCCAUGAAAGUGUUGCAGGACUCUGUUUAUUCUGUCAUUAUUACAUCACUCCCCAGGAUUCUAGUGGGGAUUUUCCACGCACUGGAAGCAUACGCGUUCAGGAGGUGUCUGGGGGUCCUGCUGGAGGCAGCAAAAGACCCCGCGGAGGCAGGACGGAUCCUGCGCCUUCUCUCCGAGUCAUCCCACGCCCUUGCAGAACAGGCCAAAACCUGGGGCACCCUCACGCAAUAA